CCCAAAGUAAACAAGGUUCAGAAGAGAAGGGAAACAGAUCGAUACAACAAUAGUGUACUCUAGACAACAAAACAUUCGACUCUACGUGUACAUUUUUAUGUACUUUUAAAUUUUUUUUUUACUUGUAUGUGUACUAUGCACAUGUAAAUGUCUGUACGAUUCGAACCCGCUCGUUUAAACUCCGCCCAUCCCACCUGCACGAGGAUUUAAAUCAGCUAGCUAAGUUAGCUCCUCGGGUGCAUACCAGGAGGAUGUGCUCCGUCUACGGGUGUUAUUCGGGACUACUAAAUGCGGAACGAUUCAAGUUACCCGAGGACCCAGAGGAGAGGCUGGAGUGGGUCAUGUUUUUAGCGAAAACCAACAAGCAGCGGUUUAAAGAGUCCUCCUGGACCGAUAUCGCUGUUUGCAGUGACCACUUUACCGGAGACUGCUUUGUUGACGAGGCUCACCCGGUCCAGCUGAAGCCCGGUUCGGUUCCAUCAGUGUGUUUGAAAAGUGGACCAGACGAACCUGUGAGGAGCUCCGGGUGUAAGAGAUCUGUAGUUAAAGCUGGAGUUGUUGGUCCGAGUGAUCAAGCCGAAACACAGAAUGGUGCAACUUCCCAUCCCGAAGAAUCAGAGCUCACAUUGCCGGGAUCUCAAAAUGUUCCAGUGUCAGCAGGAGCUUCAUGUGCCGCAGCCUCUUCUGUUUGUUUCCAGGCGAAACCAAAAACAGUAGAUGACGAUUUGCUCAGGAAAAAAGAGGCCCUUUUGAAGACAAAAGGAAAGUUUCCUGUGAAUGAGAAACGCCUAGUCCGGUUGUUCAGCCGCUUUUGUCCAUCGUGUGGAGGGAAACUGAAGAUGCACAAAGCCAGCCGUGGUGUUCUCAUCAACCUGCACCAGCUGUGCCUUCAGUGUAACUACACGUACGAGUGGAAAAGUCUGGUGGACGACAAUGUCCCAGCAACUAAAGAUGGGCACGAGACGGGAGGAUCAAAGGCAGAUGAAACCCCCAGCAGCGUCUCAGAGGUUCCUGAACCUGCCACUGUAAAUGUAAAGGUAAAGGAAGAGGAGAGCGACCUUGAAGACGUACUGGAGGAUUCCGUCGAUCACGGCGACAUGGACUCUGAUGAAGACUGGGAGCCAGGCCCGGGUGCUUUCACUGUAAAACUGUUUCCUUCGAAACAAAACAAGGAACCCAGCGAAGGUGCCGACUGCCUUCCCGUCGCUUCUCAGAGCGACCAGCUCUGCACGGACUGUGGAAUGUUUUUCGAUAGACGAAAGCGCCACAUGUGUAAACACAAAGUGAAGCCGUAUUCCUGCAGCAUCUGCGGGAAACGGUACUCCAGUCAGAUGGCCCUGAGUCGUCACGGCAGGACCCACAAUGAAAACUACGAGUUCGUCUGCAAAUUAUGCCACGUUGCAUUUAAAGUACAGGCGGACCACCUCAGCCACGAGCAGAUCCAUGUAGCCGAGGGGAAACUUUACAAAUGUUCAGACUGUUUAGAGACGUUUGUCACAAAUAAGGAACGCAAAAUCCACCUGGAAGUUCACAGAGGGCCAAAGCGGACAAAAUGCAAGUUCUGUGGGAUUGAAUUUGUUUCGCGUGCGUUUCUCCAGAGACACUUGGCGGUGCACAUGGGAGAAAAGCCCUACGAGUGUGUGUUUUGCCAGCGUGCUUUCAGCCAGUUGGGACAUCUGAAGAGCCACACGCGCCUGCAUACAGGGGAGAAACCUUACAAGUGUCAGCACUGUGACGAAUGCUUCAAUCACAACGUGAGCUUGAAGAAUCACGUCCAGCGUUGGCACACACCCGGCGCGGGACCCGAACCCAAGCAGACAGGUGUACAGGAAUGCGACAGCGGUGAUGCUCCAGCUAAUGGAAAUGAGACAGGCGAAGACUUUGACAGUAAAGAAGGAGAACAGGAUACAGAGGAUGGUGUACAGAUGGAAGAACUGUGUCUGCCAAAAACUAAAAAGAAGAGCACUGGCAGAUUGAAAGGAAGACCUAAAAACUUUGAAUCUAAAAACAUUCAAGAUGAAAAAGAGGGCCAUGAGUCAGACACUGGGACCAGCAAAGCACAUGUAAAAAAGCAGAAGACGACACGGUUUACUAACGAAGACAGUAAAAUUAUGCCGUCUGACAGUAACACAAGCUUUGAUUCUGCAGAAGAGGAAGAAACGAGGAACAAGAAGGGGAUAAAAAACAUGAAGAGAAAAAAAAGGUCAAAACCUUUGGACAGCGACUCUGAUUUUAACUCUGCAGACAUGAAGGUCUGCAGCAGGCAGAAUAAAAGUCGCAGUUCAGGAAAGCGUAGAGGAAGACCCAGGAGAAACCUGAUGACUUGACACUAAAUAAAUCCAUCUGAUUAAUGAAGGUUAUUAUUAGCAAAAAUACUGAAAACAUAACUGGACUGGCUUGAUUAUUGUUCAAAAUAUCCUAAAAAGUUGUCUGUUUUUUAUUUUUAUUUUAUUAUUAUUUGAAAGUCAAGAUGUGAGGUCAGACUAGAUAUGCAGUGCUGAAAAUAUCUGCAGGAAAACAUCUGGUCAUCUGGUAAAAAAGAUAUAAAUAAUAAUUGUACAGACCCUAGUAAAAACUAUGGAAUCACCACUAUUGAAUUAUUUUCUUUCUAUUAAUUAAYAGUGUAUAAAAGGUAAAUGUCAACAUGCCAACUUUAAUUUUUCAAAGUUUCAACCUUUUGGCAUUAAGAAACAAUAAAACAAUGAAAUAUAA